AGGCGAGAAGAGGACGACGGGCAGUUCCCUUUCAGAUUUCUCAUCGACGAGCCUCACUUCUGCGCCGAGGACCUUCUCGUCUUGAACAUGAUGCCGGUGAGCGUGGGCGACGCCGAGGCCCGGGCGCGGGUGAGGAGGAUGUGGGGAGCCAGGGAGGUCGUGGCCUCGACCAGGCUCCGGCCUCUGUUCCUGGUGGGGGAGUCCCGUGACGCCGAGCAGCAGCGCCGCCUUCAGGACGAGAGCGACGAGUACCACGACGUGAUCCAGGUGGGCUUCGUUGACUCGUACCUCAACCUGACGCUGAAGACCCUGUCGGCGCUGCACUGGAAGCACACGCGCUGCCGCCACGUCCCUUGGCUGCUCAAGAGCGACGCCGACGUCUUCAUGAACCCUUGGUCCGUCUCGGAAACCCUUCAAAAAGCAACCGAGGACAUUGUCUGCCGCGUGCUGUAUGCCAGAAUCGUGUGUCGACCUCACACCUGCAAAGACAAGAGAUGGAUCAUCCCACCUGAGUUAUAUCCCCACGACCAUUACCCCCCCUACUGCAACGGCCCGGUCUACGCCGUCAACCAGAAUUUCAUCCAAACAGUCCUACCCGCCGCGUCUGCCAAAAACCCUUUCCCGAUGGAGGACGCCUACUUCACGGGCAUCCUCGUCCAGGGCACAGGUCUCCGCUACAAGGACAUCGCCAAACGCUGCCAACUCUACCACCUGCGAGAGCCUCCCACGAAACCAUUGCCAGCGGGAAUAUGCUCUUGUU